GGGCACGUUACAUUAUGUAUUUGUAAUAAUGAAGACUUUAGUAGUUGGUUUGUCUUUAAUUGUCUGUGCUUCUGCCUUAUUAGAAGUACAGACCAAUUACCACGAUGCUAUCGGUAUUCCUGCUGCAGAGAAGCUAAAAGCACUAGAAGAAGCAAGUCUAGCUAAUGAAGCUGUUACAAAUAACAACAGGAUCAUUGGAGGAGCUCUAGCUCCCGUUGGCGCGUAUCCCUACUUUGCUGGUUUACUCAUCAACUUCUUUGGUACAACUGCGAGAUCAGUAUGCGGUUCUUCACUAUUAUCCCCCAAUCGACUGGUGACUGCUGCUCACUGCUGGUUCGAUGGAAACAGACAAGCGUCAGAGUUCACUGUAAUAUUGGGCUCUAACUGGCUAUUUAGUGGCGGUGAACGUAUUGCUACACGACAAGUCUUUAUGCAUCCGCAGUAUGUGCCACAGUUCCUAACAAAUGACGUUGCUAUGGUAUACUUACCUCGGAACGCUAUGAUUACAAACUUUGUCAGACCGAUCAGAUUACCAAGUAAUUUAGAGUUAUGGAAUCAAUUUGUGGGACAUUGGGCCGUAGCUGCUGGGUUUGGAAGCACCAGCGAUGAACAAGCUGCUGCCUCAACCGUCGUGAGUCACAUAAGGCUCCAAGUGAUAAGCAACACUCAGUGCGAAAAUUCUUACGGUUUAACCAUUGUGAGACCCAGUACUCUCUGCACUAGUGGAUUUGGUAAAAUUGGUAUUUGUGGUGGAGAUUCCGGUGGCCCUCUUGCCGCCUUCGACAACAAUGGAAACCCAUUCUUGAUUGGUGUUAGCUCCUUCACGGCUUACAGAAAUUGCACAGGAGGCCACCCUUCGGGCUUCGCUCGUGUCACCAGCUUCAUUAAUUUUAUUAAUCAACAUUUGUAAAAAUAAAGGAUCUAAAGUAAAAUAUUUACUUUAUUAUUUCUAAGAUAGAUAUAUCUGUG